GAAAUAGUGAAUCGAGAGUAGGGAGUGGGGAAUGCAAGCAAGAAGCUAUAGGAUAUAGGAACCAACACAGAAAGUGAAUUCAAGAGUCGCGCAUUUACAAAAGUACUUUGGGUGUGCUUGAAAUAAAAAAUAUUCAGACAGGUACAAUCUUAACAACCGGUUCCAAUUGACCAUAAUCACUAAGUGUGGUAACCAAUUACUGUUUGCUGAGAACAGUGUUGUGCUAUUGUAUUGUCGACAAAAUACGGAGUCGGUCGGAAUCGCCAACACGCGCAUACAGUGCUAUAUAGCAAACAACGAGGAGUCGCAUCAACGAAAACGCAAAAUGCCGGAAAACGCACACCAUAUGAACGGUUAUGCUAACGGGCACACGCCACCCGAACUACAACAAGACACGAGCUUUCUCUUCACCUCCGAAUCUGUGGGUGAGGGCCAUCCAGAUAAAAUGUGUGACCAAAUUAGUGAUGCCAUACUUGAUGCACAUCUUCAACAAGACCCAGAUGCCAAAGUGGCAUGUGAAACUGUGACAAAAACUGGUAUGGUUCUUUUAUGUGGAGAAAUUACAUCAAAAGCUGUUGUAGAUUAUCAAAAAAUUGUUCGUGAUACAGUAAAUCAUAUUGGUUAUGAUGACUCAUCAAAGGGAUUUGAUUGGCGUACAUUGAAUCUUUUGGUGGCGAUCGAGCAACAGUCCCCAAAUAUUGCUGACGGUGUACACGUGGACAGAGACGAACACGACGUGGGUGCAGGUGAUCAGGGACUGAUGUUCGGUUAUGCAACAGAUGAAACCGAAGAGUGUAUGCCAUUGACGGUGGUACUGGCUCACAAAUUAAAUCAAAAAAUUGCUGAACUCAGGCGAAGUGGUGAUCUUUGGUGGGCCCGACCUGAUUCCAAAACUCAGGUUACCUGCGAAUAUAUUAUGGAACAUGGAGCUUGUGUGCCUAUCCGGGUUCAUACUGUUGUUGUUUCCUUACAACAUAGUGAAAAAGUUGCUCUUGAAGAAUUGCGUAAAGUCAUAAUGGAAAAAGUUAUAAAAGAUGUCAUUCCAGCACGAUAUCUCGAUGAAAAAACCAUCUUCCACGUCAAUCCUUGCGGUCUAUUUAUAAUUGGCGGACCACAGAGUGAUGCUGGGUUGACUGGUCGUAAAAUCAUAGUAGAUACAUAUGGAGGAUGGGGUGCUCAUGGUGGUGGAGCUUUCUCUGGCAAAGAUUUCACCAAAGUUGAUAGAUCUGCUGCAUAUGCUGCUAGGUGGGUAGCCAAAUCAUUAGUCAAAGCUGGUCUUUGUAGGCGAUGUUUAGUACAAGUAUCUUAUGCCAUUGGAGUCGCUGAGCCUUUAUCUAUUACUGUAUUUGAUUAUGGUACAUCAAAGCUCUCGCAAAACCAAUUGUUAGAUAUAGUCAAUAAAAAUUUUGACUUACGUCCAGGAAAAAUUGUUAAGGAACUCAAUCUUAGGAAUCCAGUUUAUCAAAAAACAAGCACGUAUGGGCACUUUGGAAGAGAUUGCUUUACCUGGGAACAACCGAAACCAUUGAAUAUCGAUUGAUGAGACUCUUGUUCUAGAAUUAUUUGAUAUUUUGGAUUAAGAAUGCCUAUUUGUUACUUAUCCAAUCUGAUUUCUACAAAUUUUUUUCAGCUUUAUUUUACUUUUAUUUCAAAGUUCCUUUUCUUGUCUUUCUACUACAAAUAUUUCAUGUCACUUAUAACUUUCCUACGUGAAAACUUCCUUCUAACAAAUACAUACAUAAAAUUAAGAUGAUAAUAUUACAUAGAAAAUCAGACUCCAUUGAUAAAGCAUGGUACAGAAAACUUUAUUAGCUUCAAUACAUCUUUCAAUAAUAUUAUUAUUCGAACAUUACGUACGGAAUACAUUGUAUAAAAGAUAAACACGUUAUUUGGGAAAUUAAUUUGAAGAUUUGUUAUUAAAUUAUUAAUGGAGAAAGAUUCAUAUACCAAACACGAUACAAUUCAAAGCAGUGAUUUGUACUAAGAUUCUCCUCUAAAUGACUUCGUUUUUACAAGUUAAACUAAAAAGCGGGAGACAUGUAACAUUCAGUCAUAUAAAUACCGUUAACGUUAAGUUACGUUAUUUUCUUCAGUUUUUUUAUAAGAACAUACAUGAAUAUGACACAUAUAAUAGUAGAUAAAAGACUUCAACAUUCGUGAACGAAACUACAUUAUUCGGUAAUUUCGGUAUAGUUUAUGUUUUAAUAAUUCUUUCAACAAAAGAUAUGAAAUUGGCCAAAAAAGGAUAAUGCAAAUUGUCCUUUCAAAUAAUUUUUCUUUGAUAAUCAUUCAUAAUUUUAUCACAUUUAUGAUAUAUCAUUCAUUUUUAAUCAAAGAGUAUCGUGAGAAAGUAUGCAAUUUACAUGUCAAACAAUUGGUAUUUCAUACUAAUAAAAACGUAUUUUUAAAAAUAUUACCAUUAUUUUGAAACGAGAUAAGUAUUCGAGUAAUGUAGAAUUUUACUUGAAGAACAUUUUAAUGACUGUAUAAACGCACAUUGCUUUUUUCAUGUUUUUAUUCAAAACAGGCUUCAUUUUUUUUACAGUUAUAUAAAAACUUAUAUUUGAUUUCGGAUGGAGUGGUAUUGGAUAUUUUUAAGAUAAAUAUGUUCAGUAUAAUAAGUUAAAUCUUCCGAUAAAAAUAGUAUUGUUAGUUAAAAUUUGAAAAAUUGUGGCAACAAAUAGUAAUCUAAGUAGUUUAUCACCUAUAACAGUUGAUAAAUUAGUUGAACAAGGUUUUGUUUUUAUUGUUCUUACAUUUAUGCUUGAUUAAUUAGAGGGAACAAAUUAGAAGAAUAAUUUCCCGGAUGACGCGAUUUAUCGUUCUUCAGUCUUGCAGUUAUUAUCAUCUGUCCCCCCUCCCCUUCUUCCUCCCUUGUAAAAAUGUAAAAUAGCGCUGAAACUACAAUUGUAAAAUAAAAGUUGUCAUGAAAUCAAAAUAGUCCCGCACUUAGUUGCCAUGAUUUUUCAUAAAUACUUUACCAAGAAUGAAUUUUAAAUCAGUAGAUAUAUACAAUUUGUAAAUCAUUCAAUUAUUUUACUAUCAGCAACAAAAUCAAAUUACGAAUUCAAUUAAUUAACUCCUCAAUAUUCAAUCAUAUUUUAUUGAAAUUAAUAUUUAAUAUGUCCACGCAAUGUAUGGGUUAAAAAAUACUCAGAACUUUGCUAACAUAAAAUUCAAUUAUUUAUAGUGUUUUAUAAGCAAUUGUAAAUGAAAAUUAACGAUAAUACGUGAUUUCAAUGCUCUUAUUAUUAAUACAAUAUAUCAUUUCUAGUAUGUAAAUAAUGAAAAUGCAAAUAACAUAAUUUUACAGCGCAAUUUUUGAAAAAAUACAAUGCAUUAAUUCCUGCAUUUUCAAAAUCGAUGUAAAACUUACAGACAAUAAAUGAAAGA